AUGAGCGUGCUGGAGUUUCUCGCUUGGGAGACUCGAGGAGUCGAGGAAUACCGGGCGUAUCUGGACCGAAUGUUGCAGUUGUGCGCUCGGCCACCUUUGUUGGAGCGAUCUUCCGACGACGAUCUGAUCAUAAUGGAGCAAUAUUUCACGUUGCUGGGCUACCUUUUGGCGAUCCUGCCGAGGGAAGAGCAGAUCCAGCGGGUGCGCGACGCCCUCGACUGUUUGUUAAUCGGACGAGCCGGGCCGGUGAGCGUCGCGGCGGUAAAGCUGGACUUUCGCCGGCGUGCCAUGGAGAACUCCAGAUUGCCGGUCGUCGUCGCCGAAUUGCUGGAGGCGGCCUUGCCGAGGAUGUACCCGAAGAUCGUGGAAUUGGCUCGCAUGCUCGCCUCGGUCUCGCCUCACUGCUGUUACAGGAUGCUGAAGGCCGGCGUACUGAAUACGCUGCUCAUUAGAAUGGACCUGCCUUACGCGACGCAGCUGCGCUGCACCAGGCCGCCGAACAUCGAGAUCGAAGGCGCGGAAUAUCCGUGGGAUACCAUGCUGUUGAUAACGAGCCUCUUGUGGUGUCUCUUGGGAUCGCACAGGGGCUUGAGGUACUCCUUCCGGCGGCAGAUACUCCGCGGCCAAUGUCGAGCGGUUAACGCGAAGAUAAGGAACGACAUCGCCACGCUGAUCCUCGCCGGAAUCGUGGCACCUCUCCCGUCGUGGGACCUCGUCAGCAGCGGCAUCGCGGAGGACAUCGUCGAGCUCUUGAGCGCUAUCCAGCCUGGCACCGCUAACAUAUGGUCGCAACGCAUCACGUUCUCCGACAGCGACGACGAUUUCUUCUUCAAGAGGACCUUGCUAAUUAUCAUCGCGCAUCUUGCCCAUGUCGACGUUUACGUCUUCGUGAUGCAAAAAGCGAUGAUCAUGCCGGUGAUCCUGCGGAUCGUUAAAUACUGCAAAGUGAACGACAAAUCGUCGCUGAUCCUAUUGGAGCACGCGAUGUACAUCCUAUCGCUGUUGGCGCCGCGUAUAGCGACAGAAUUCGUGAAACGCAAAGGCACAUUUACAUUAUUGGCGAUACUUGAUCGAGUUUUGAAUGUGAAGUUCGACGAACACCUCGCGACAAUCUUAACAAAGACGAUCUGUCAGCUAGUUCUGCAGGACGAUGCUCUGCUGCUGCAGGACUUCCGAAAACACGAGGCGAUACCAUUGCUAAUUAGAUUGAUCAACGAUAUCGUGGGUUUCCAGAGGCUCACGAUGAGGAGACAACGAAUUCUAACGUUGCUGCUGAUCGCCCUAGAGGGUCUCGUGAAAAAACAGACAUCUGUUCAACAGAUGUACGGUGAACAGAGCGUCCAGCUCAUUACAGAGAUCUUUGCGAAAUGCCUGUAUCAAAAAAAGGAUGACUUUCAAGUGGAUCAACGGCUCCUGCUAGCGACAGGCGCUUACCUUUGGGAAUGUGUGGCGCGCUGUCCAUCGAACCUGCAUAUUUUCCUGCAAAACGGAGGACUUUACUCCAUACUGGACAUAACUGAGAUGUCGGACUACCCAGUGAAAUGUUUAUAUCUCGGCGCGCUAACCGACAUGUGCGACUGCACUUUUUGCGGGCCCUUUCUCUGCACUUGGAGGGGUGUCGAUAAGAAGACAGGACUGAUGUCCUUGCUGGCGGCUGUCUGGCGGGAGGAGGAGGACAGGAUCGGCAUCAAGAGACGCGCCGACGGUUCCAUAGGAGACCUUGAACUACCUCAGAUGGGCACCAAGCAGUGGACAGACACUAACGUUUUGAAACUGACCGCGGACUCCAGUCCCACUAUAGUUGAUAUGAUCGGUUCGGUGCGGCCGAAAGUGUUCGGCAUUGUGAAAAUCAUCGAGAGGGACGGCGACAGAUACGAGAUCGCGAAGAAGCAUUAUAAAAUCCUUCUUGAUGAGCUGCCGACAAAGGACCGUAUAACAAUGUGCUGCGUCGAUGUGUACCUGCAGCUGAAGCUCGGUCAGAUGUGGAUGGAGGUCGCCAAGUACCUGGAGCAAGCCGGCAUUACGCCCAUGAGCGUGGACGCUCAGCUGAUCUUCAACAUGGUGCGAUGGCAUCGCUCAUGGGGCCCGUUUAUCGAGGAGAAGCAGAGGAAACUGAUAACAGCUGACAAGCGCGCGGAGGAACUCCUGGAGAAGGAGGAGUUUGCGAGGAUACGCGAUUCCAAAUUGGCACCCACCCUGGAAGCGUUGGACCAGGUGGACCUCAUUCGUCGCACGGCUGACAGGUCGUACAUGCUGCGGAUGAAAGACCGGCAAAGGCGGCAAAUUAACGCGGCGUUGCGUUUCCCUUGCGGCGCCGACGCCAAGCGAUGUCAUCGGACGUUCGCGGAGGGAGCGAACUUCACGGUUAUUCUCGGACAGCGGCAAUCGAUCGACACGUCGCAUCUGAUCGGCCGCGACCUCGUCGGGGAAUUACCCACUGCCUCACCCCCGGACUCGGUUUGCGAGGAAACCUUUUCUUCGCUCGGCCGCUACGCUUCCGGUGCUUCUCAUUCUUACGAACGUAGUCUCGCGAUGGAUGAAUGUUAAGGCCGCGCGCGAAUCGAUCCACGCACGUCGGGACGCUCGUCAAAAUAGUGUCUAUCGCGUCGUCGCGAUCGUCCUUGAGGUACCGCCUUAUCUUGCUGCGAUAUUACAGUUAUCUUCCUUAUCAAUGCAAGUCAACAGAGCGUUAUCUU